AAGUCGUCGGUGGUGUGGUACAUUGACCGCGCCUUAGAUCAACUCCUGUUUCAAUCAGAGACCACUCAAUGUUUCUUUCUCCUCUCUCAAAAACUCAUCUUUUUUGAUCAUCUUCUUCUAGUGUUACUGGUAUAUUCUUUGAUAUAUUUAGGCUCCCAAAUAUCAAAGAUAUGUCUGGUUUAAGUGCUGAUGAUUCAAUUCCAAGCGUUGUGAUUGAAUCUGAGUACUCAUGCCAAGAUAUGUGUGGUUUAAGUGCUGAUGAUACAAUUCCAAGCGUUGUGAUUGAAUCUGAGUACUCAUGCCAAGAUAUGUCUGGUUUAAGUGGUGAUGAUGCAAUUUCAAGCGUUGUGAUUGAAUCAUGCCGUUGCUUUUCACUAGCUAAGAUACAAUCAAUCACCGACAAUUUUAAUGAAGAAUUAGUUAUUGGGAGUGGCGGAUUUGGUAAGGUAUACAAGGGGUUCAUCGACAACGGUGCUACAGCUGUUGCCAUAAAGAGGUUGAAAGCAGAGUCCAAACAAGGCGCAGAGGAGUUCUGGACUGAGGUCAAGAUGUUGUCUAAGCUCCGACACACUCAUCUUGUUGCUCUGAUCGGCCAAUGCAGCGACUGCCAAGAAAUGAUCCUUGUUUACGAAUACAUGGCUCGUGGGACCCUAGCCGAUCAUCUCUAUAAAACAAGUAGAAACCAAACUGAAAGUAGUACUUUUCAUCUAACAUGGGAGCAAAGGCUUAACAUUUGCAUCGGUGCAGCAGAAGGGUUAGACUACCUUCAUACCGGUACCGAUCAGAGUUUCAUACACCGAGAUGUGAAGACGACGAAUAUUCUGUUGGAUGAAAAUUGGGUGGCAAAGAUUUCAGAUUUUGGGCUGUCCAAAGGCAGUACAAGCAAUUCAGCAACCCAUGUUAGCACAAAAGUCAAAGGUACAUUUGGGUAUUUUGAUCCAGUUUAUUUCCAUACCCAGAGACUAACCAAGAAAUCUGAUGUGUAUGCCUUUGGUGUGGUGUUGUUGGAAGUGCUUUGUGGGAGGCGGCCUGUGGAUAAAAGUCUCGAGGAGGAGGAAAUUAGUCUAAUCCUUUGGGCUCAACGACACAUUAAAAAGGGAAACGUUGAUCGAAUUAUUGAUUCCUCAUUGAUUGGGCAAAUAACACCACAAAGUCUAAAGUACUUUGUAGAAGUUGCCUACAAUUGUUUACAUACUGAUUCAAAGGAAAGGCCUACAAUGGCUGAAGUGGUGGAGACUCUUGAUCUUGCAUUGUUGUCACAACGCAAAUGACGAUCAAAGGGAAUAAUCGGAAAGGUGCUUCAGGGUAUUGCAACUGUGCCUAAAGGUAUGAAUCGUUGGUGGAGGGAAAGAAAGGACAAUGGUUUUGAGAGUGGACCAUCAAAUGAUUCAUUUUCGGAACCACUUCCAAAUUAUUCAUUUUGGGAACCACUUCCAGAUAGUGUCACCCGACAACUCCGUCACCAGAAUGCUUCAAGGAGUUUGUCAAGAUGGCAAUGAGCUGUACUCUUUAUAUGGCAAGACACCGACCCUCGAUGGAUGAUGUGGUAACGAGUCUCCAGUUGGCAUUGCAAUUUCAGGAGACUUGGGAGACUCAUAUCGAGAUUGGUGUUGAGUUAUCUAUGACCGAACCUAGUUCUUACAACAACAUCUUCUCUAUUGAUGGACAGAGCUAUCCUCCUUGGGAUGUAAGAUGGAGUGGAUCAAUGUCUGACUCGGAUUUGAUGAGUUAACCCGUUAGCAAAGAGUGUAUGCAUCUCUGUAAGAGAGCUUGAAUUUGGUUCUUUUCACUUGUGUAUAUCUCGGUCUUUGUUUCUUAUGUGUGUUUAGGGUCUCUUUUAUAUUUGUUAAGUUUAUCUAUACUAGUGGAUUUAUGUUGGACAAUUUUUUCA